CUUUCAUAUAAGAUAACAGCUGUUUGACAAGAUUGUAUUUGCAGUGUCCCUUAUUUAAUUUUUGAUUGAGGUGAUAUUGUAAGUAAAACAGUUACAUUUAUUCAACAAAUCUUUUUCAAAAAUCUGGUCCUUUGAAUAAAAGAAUCACCAUGUUUUGUCAAUAGAUAUCUGCAUAAUGUUAUGAUUACUAUUUUUCAGGUUUAGGUGCAAAAAAGAUAAACAAUUUCUAAAAUGGGAGGUGCUGUGAGUACUGGUCGAAAUAACGACGAUCUUAUAGAUAAUCUCUUAGAAGCUGAUUACAUUAAAUCAUCUUUAAUUGAACGGGUAUUCAGAGCUGUGGACAGAGCUGAAUACUUUUUACCUGAGGCGAGAUCGGGUGCUUAUAAAGAUCUGGCAUGGAAAAAUGGAAAUUUACAUUUAUCUGCACCUUGCAUAUACAGCGAAGUAAUGGAAGGGCUAUGUUUGGAACCAGGAUUGUCAUUUUUAAACAUUGGAUCCGGAACUGGAUAUAUAAGUACUAUGGUUGGCCUAGUUUUGGGCAUUAAUGGUAUUAAUCACGGCAUUGAAAUACAUGAAGACGUUAUUCAAUAUGCAAAUAAAAAGUUAGAAGAGUUUAAAAAAUAUUCAGGUGCUAUUGAUGAAUACGAUUUUUGUGAACCAAAGUUUGUCCAAGGGAAUUGUUUGUGCCUUACAAGUGAUUGCACAAAAUUGUAUGACCGCAUAUAUUGUGGAGCUGCAUGUCCAGAAGAUUAUGAAGCUUAUAUGAAAAAUUUAUUAAAGGUGGGAGGAAUACUAGUGGUGCCAAUAAAUGAGUCCUUGCUGCAGAUCAAGAGAGUGUCUGAAAUGGAAUGGACCAACCGCACCUUAUUACCUGUAUCUUUCGCAUCUCUGGUUCCACCUCGUGGGGAUACAGAAGAAUGGGUCGGACCGAUCGAAGUUGAGCCAUUAUCCCUUCAAGUUCUCUGCCGCGGUGUGAUUCGUAGUAUACUGCGAAAAAUUAUUGAGAAGGAACAUCUGCCUGUUCCGAAACCUCCUCCCAUUAAAGCACCCAAAAAGAAGAGAGCUUUGAGACGUUUAGUUAUUCCUCUCUUCGAGUCUGAUGACAGCUCAGAAGAAGAACGUCAACACCAUGUAAGACUAGGUGGAGAAAGGAACAGAGAUGCCGGUCGAGCAACUUUUUUAAGAGAAGAUGAUUACAUUCUCAGCCUGUUUUUAGGGAUCCGAGGGCGGCAGGGAGCAGGCGAACGUGGAGAUCGCACAGGCACCGGCACUACUCAAAAUCAGAAAAAGACUGACACAACCGAAGAACCGAUGGAGACCGAUAGCAGCAUUGAAGAUUCGUCGGACACUCGGAACAAGGACUCGCAAGAGGUGCAAGCCGUCAUAGAACAUCACCCCGAUUCCAAGGAUAAUCAAAAUGCAAUGAACGAGCCUAGCAGGAGACCUUCACUAGAAACAUUCAAUGAAAUUGGAGAUGUCAUCUCAGAAUGUCUUAAUGUACUGCGUAGAGAAAGGGGUGGCUCGGUUGAAAAUCAAGAAGAUAUACUCUCAGAAGAUGAAGACAAUGUUAGUAAUCGCGAAGAUAAAGAGGCGAGGCAAUCAGACGCUCAACACAAUUGGCCAACCACAAGCGGAGGCAAGAAGAAUAACAAACGUGAAAAGUUUGAUAGCGGAUUGGGCGAUGAAAUUAUUGAAACUCAAGAUUCGUCGGAUGACGACGAGCGUAUGAAACUCGACACAAUUUCAAGUUGCGACGAAGAUCCCGCCGAGAAACGUAACAAACGAGGUACGAAGGCAGAAAGACAACACCGCAAGUCUCGGAAGAUGGAUGAUAUUCACGAACCUGUGUUUUCAGAUACAAGUAGCAGUGAUAACGACGAUGACACUAGGCCAUCGAAGGAGAUGCACAUGUACAAAAGUCCAUAUACCGAACAAAUGGCAAUAAAAAUUCAACAAUUGCCUUUGCCGCCAAUUUUAAAGAAGUACCUUAAUUUUCUUAGGGACUUGUAAAGAGCGUGCAGGUUGACAUUCUUUAGCUUUUUAGUAGUAAAUAUUUUAUACUCUAAAUUGCAAGAUGUCAGCGAAGAUUCUAACAGUCAGCGGUUUUCCUUGGUAGACGUUGUGGUGUCAUUGUAGUUCACUAAACAAAUAAACACCCUAUAUAUUUAGUUUGCGCAAUAGAUGCCCCCUUUGUUUUUUUUGUGGUUAUUCUGUAAAUAAUUUUAUUCUUACUAUUUAUGUUGUGAAUUAAUUGGGAGUUUAAUAAACUUAA